AAAAUGGAAACGAAAUUAAAGUUGCUUGGUGGUGCCAAUCAAAACUGUAAAUAAACUAAGUGCAGCGGCAAAAAAAAAACAGAAAAGCAAAAAAAGUGAGCAAUCGCAGCGUGUAACGGCGCGCAAUUUGAACGAAAAUAGAAUUUUGUGCUUCACCUUCGAGCGGCGGCACACAAUGCCUCACACACGUGGCAACAGACGCCUGUCUUCGCAGAACUCUUCACUCACAACAGCGCCGUCAACAAUGCAGCACAGCAACAACAGCAAAAGCGCCAAUGGCACAACCAUCACAAUGAUGUUGGCAAAUCGCAUUACACACCCCGGUGAAUGGUCAGUCGACGAUGAGCACUUCUUCGAGACGAACACAAUGAAUGUGUGGCAAACGCUCGAAUUUCUUUCCGGUUUAAAUUUGCGUAAACGCUAUCAUUAUGAGGGUUACAGUGACACCGAGAAUAUUAUACGCACACUAACGCCUUCAUGGCGGCGUGACAGUUUCGCCGAGAAGGCAGUCGCCAAUAAGGAGGAGAGUGGUGCCACGGGUGAUGGUAGCGGCAGUGGACGUGGCAAAAUGCCAGUGGAGAGUGUUGGCGGACAGUUCGGUGACAUUGGCGCUGGCGCUAUGCGUCGAGAUCCACACGCAAGCAACAACAAAGGCAAAAGUAAUCGCGCGAAGAGCGGAACAACUGGUAAAGUGCGAUUUGUGCGCAGCAAGUGUGGCAAUGGCAAGCAGCAGAGGCGACGCACGAAAUCUGAAGCGCUAGAUCCAGAAUAUGUUCUACUGCCGGCUGAAUACAACGAUUUAGUGAAGUGCAAUUUCAAUUUACCACGCAUUAGUGCUGCCUUGGAGCGUUUAAUUGGCACAAAUGUGGUGCGUCUAACCGAUCAUAAAUUCAUGAGUGAACUGCGCCAGCGGCUGGAAGAGGAAAGCCGCAUACAGCUGGAGCGUCGCAUAAACGCCAGAGCGCUCCGCGAGGUGGAACGUGAGCGUCUGCUAAUCAUCGAAGGCAAAACGGACGAAAUACCUGCUGAACUGGCCGAUGAUCCCAUCUUUGUUGUCAAUAAAAUUGCGAAUAAAGAAAUCCAAAAGGAGCGUGCCAAGCUCAAAACCAAUCGUGAGCGCAAUGCGGAACGCUUAAAGGCGCAAGGUUCUAAAUGGGAACGCGAAAGGCAAAAGUAUGUGGAGGAAGAACAAAUGCGCGUUGAGAAGAUAAAAGAGCGCAACAAGCAGCAAAAUGAGCUUGAAGAACAGUACAAGGCCGAAGAUGCGGAGCGUGGCAUGGAUUUACUGCGCAUCGACAAUGAGGAGUGGCGCGAGUGUGAACAGGACCUCAAGCGCUUCCUGGAGGAGGAGCGCGCCAAAAUGAAGGAGCGCUCAAUGCGCGUGCCGACACCAUUCACAUCGGAUAAAUUGGAUAUAUUAAAUAUUGUGCGUGCCAGGAAAAAGUUCCGCGAAGCCGAACAACGUAUAUGCAAAGAAUUAGAGGAGGGCGCCAAACCAAAACCAGUUGCUAAAGAUAUUAAACUCACCAAGGAGUUGGCGGAAAAGACGGCUGUCAUACAAAAGCAUGUACAAGAUAUCAUACAAGCCGAAACCGAAGGCAUCUUCGAGCCGGCUAUAAGCAAAGAGGCGGCCAAAGAGAUGUCUGAGCGUGAGAAGGAAGAGCGACAACGGCGCAAAUACUUGGAUGAUGCCUCCGACGUUUCCACUGAAUCGGAGAUCUACGAACAGGGCAGCACCAUAAGCGAAUCGAAGCGGCGUCAUGCAGCCGAGCUGGAGGAAGAAAUGGAGUAUGAUGUGGAGCGUGGUUAUCUCAUUUCCAAAGCACAAUUUGAGCAGUUACGCUAUCAUGAUGAUAAGAUACUUAUGCUGCAGAAAGCAUCGGAUAUGCGUGAACUAUAUCAACUGGCCGAGGAGAUAAUAAUUGGCGAACGUGUUGAGGAAGAAGUCGUAGAGGAAGAAAUGGUGGAAGAGGAAGAGCAACCGGUCUACGAGGAGGAGGAGGAGGAGGAGCCCUUAGAUAACAAUUUCUAAAAGAUGAAAAUGGGAAAUGGAAGUUGGAAGUUGGAAAAUUCACUAAGCGGCGAACACACAAAUAUUUUGCGAAAACACGCACACACGCUAAAUUUGUUGUAAAUGAUGAAAUGCAGGCACAUAAGCAGCCGUGAAUAGUAGGUGAUAAGUACUGCAGGUGAAGCUGGCUGCUUUUGAUAAUAAACUAAAUUACUUACCAGCAUUUUUUUAUAGUUAACUGAAGAAGGAUAUGCGCCUGUGUAUUUUUUUGUAAUUAAUGUUUUCGAAAACUAAAUUCUUAAAGCAAAAAUGAUGUAUGUGGUGCAGCUAAUUACCAGCGUGGCAAUCUCUUAUAAAUGUUAAACUGAUUAACUCAAAUUAUAACCAGCUAAAGCUAAUAAUGGCACAUGCAUACAAAUAUGACACAAUUAUAAUGAAUAAAGUUGUUUUGGGCUAAAUUUACGAAUAAUCACCAA